GACCGUCACUUUACGGCACAACACCGGAAGGACAGCUCUAUAUGGUUCUAACAAAGUUGGAACACCUUUAGAUUACAGUGUGCUACGUUAUAGUUGUCUCUCUCUGUUGCACUGAUAAUACAGAAGUCCCGCCUUAUAGAGGAGCGCCUGCUAAGAGUAACAAUAAUGGCUUUUGUAUGUAGUAACUUUUUAAGAAACGCUCGCCGUUUUUAUUUUCAUAUACAUCUGACUCGAAAGUCCCAGCUCUGUAAACGAGCUGAUUUGAAGAAUAAACAAUUCCCAGUAGAUUCUAACGUCAUCUUUUUAAAAAUCUCUUCUAACGUUAGAGUCUGUGCAACUAGACAGUCUGUUUUACUAUGUGGCAACGUAAGGACGGUGUGUUCCCGGAUAGGUUCGGUCCACACACAGUGGAGCCGACACUUCCACACCUCACACCCCGUGAGAGCCCUUCCUGCUCCCCUCCUAUGGAUGGUCCUCAAACCUCUUCAGAAGCUUCUUGCUAUCCUGCUGGGCAGGAGUCUGAGGAAGUGGUGGGUGGCUCUACCAGACAACCGCCGGCAGCUCAUGCACGUAUGGUUCCGGAGGCGCCGCUGGCAUCUGGUAGUGGGGUUAGGAGUUACUCUAUUAAUUCUGGCCCUUCUUCUCCUUACACACCUGGAUGAGUCCCCAGUGACAGGGCGGCUCCGCCUCCUGGUGUUCAGCAGGGAGACGUACAUGGAGCUGGCAGCUCUGACUUCAGAGGCGCACCUGGAGGAGUUUGCAGAGCAGCUGCUUCCUGUCACUGACCCUCUUCACCAGAUGGUGGAGCAGUCGGUGCAACUCCUAGCGCAAAGGAACAAGGACAUCCCUGAAGUGUCCAAAGUCCCCUGGAGUGUACAUGUGGUGGAAAGUUCUCAAAUCAAUGCCUUUGUCCUUCCAAAUGGGAAAGUGUUUGUGUUCACUGGGAUGUUGGGAGCUGUGGCAGAUGUUGACCAGCUCAUGAUUGUACUUGGACAUGAAAUGGCUCAUGCUAUACUGGACCAUUCUGCAGAACAGGCCAGCCUGUCCCAUGUUGUGGACCUCCUGUCUCUUAUUCUGGUGACAGCCAUCUGGGCAUUAUGUCCUGGAGACAGCUUGGCAUUGUUGGGAGGGUGGGCAAAGGACAAGCUCAUGGAGCUGAUGUUCAACCAUCCCUACAGUCGGAAACUGGAGGCUGAGGCAGAUCAAGUUGGAUUGCAUUUAGCUGCUAAGGCCUGUGCGGAUGUGCGAGCAGGCCCCGUGUUCUGGCAGCAGCUGGAACUGGUAGACCAAGUUACAGGCAGUUCCACUUUGCCCGAGUGGCUGUCUACACACCCCUCACACAGGAACAGAUCCGGUCAGAUGGACCGUCUCAUACCACAGGCUCUGGAGCUGAGGGAAACUUGUGCAUGCCCUGCGCUUCCUCCUAUUGACCCUCGAGCUGUCUUCUCGAAGACUGUCCACGAGUUGCUGGAAAAAGCUAAGGAGCAGGGGGUCAGAGGGCUGGAGGGGACCCACGAGCCACAAUCCGUUUCCACUCCUGCAGGACUGGCAGUUUCUCAAAAUGUGCUUGCUUCUUCUUCAAAAGUGGAUUGGUUAAACAAAGACAGGGUCCCUGCUGUCACGUCUCCUCUGCCUGCUGCUGCAGGGAAGGAAUCCCAUCAUGUGCUGCAGAACUCCAGCCAGCAGGGGAGUUAAAUCCAAACAAAUCUUCAAAAAACUUCACUGACUAUUGGCAGAUUUACUAGAGCUUGAAGCCUUUUGUUUCUUUUCUAUAUCUGUAUAGAGCCACUUAAAGUGGUCCCUAAGCUCAACACAUUGAGAUCCCAACCAUUACAUUGUAGGCCACAGUAGAAAAUGAUGUUUGAGAAAGCUUUCUAAAAACAGGUGGAUGGGAGUAUAAUAAAUAAAAAAUCAGGGCAAAAAGUCAGCAAAACCAAAUUGAAAAUGCUGUCCAUGUCUUGUGUCCAUCAAGAUGCCACUUUAAUUAGCUAACCUUGACCAGGGAAAUGCUGCAUUAAUUAGAAAAGCUUCCAUACUUUGUGAGAUUUAAUAUGUGCAUUAUUUAUCGAUGCACGGCAACAGCAGGGAAGAAGCACUUAGGUGUGCAUGUUUGAUGCUGCACCCAUAGUGAGGUGAGGACAUCUAUGUUCUCGCUGCGACUGCUGCAUUCUCAUGCAACACACACUUCAUGCACUUUAUGCAUUUUCUAGCGUGAGGGACUUAAUCGGGUAAAUUGAUGCUGGGCUGUUGUAGGACGCAGCCCUCUGCAUGGGAAUAUCAAUGUCAAGGCGUCGAGCUUUGAGAAAGAAUUUUAUGGGAUUUUUUAAAACUCUUAUUUAACAAGGCGAGCAGUGUGAGAAAACAUUGAUAUUUCCAGCAACAGCCUUGGGGAGCCGUCACGCACAGAGCUGGGGAGGGCAGCCAUGGUUCAAAGCUAAUUGUGUUCUUUUAUGUGCGAGUGUGUGCUGAAAUUAAAUGGUACACUUGGAUACCCUAUGAAAUCAAAUUCCAAAACUGUGAUAUCAUUGCUGAAAAUAAUUUUAUUUACAGUUUUUGAUGCUUUUUAGAUGCAGAUCCAGCUACCAAAAGAACCAGCAAAGAGUUUUUCCACAUAGCUGUUUGAGCUUUGUUUAACUUUAGCAGGAUAGGGUCUGUAUAAGAAUCACGUCUAUAUUGGAUUAUGUGGUUUGUGAACGCUUUCAAUCAGUGCAUUGAAUUAAAUGAAAAUCCCAUUGAAAAUGAGAAAUAUAUCCUGUAAGCACUUUUAUUAAAUUAAAAUUUUAUUCAAAACUA